UUAUUUUAUUUGUCUUACUUUGAGGUUUUAUAUUAAUCAUGAGUUUUAUCAUGUUAGAUAGCACUUAUGAAAGUAUUUAAGUAUUUCUUUAUGUGAAACUUGAAGUGUACAAAAUUAAAAUACAAAUAUAGUGCAUAUGUAUAAGAUAAGAUAACAUCCUAUUUUAAUAAUGAGAUAAGAUAAGGUUAAACGAUUUUUAAGGAAUUUCCUAAAUUAAUGAGUUUCUGACACUAUAUUGAAGCAGAAAUGAUAUGUAUUAUAAUACUGUCAUUUUUGUUCUUCUGUAUUUAAUUUUAUAAAUAUAAUAAAACUAAUCAAAAGAAAUUUUUGUAUUAAGAAACAAUGUAGAUUGAUACAAAUACUAAUGUAAGAAGAUCAGAAUUUUAUUUAAGCAAUUAAAGAUUGCGAUAUAGCAUUGUUAUAUAAAUAGGAUAUAGCAAAUGAUAGUGAUCUAUUUAAAGAAUAAAAAAUCAUAAAUAUGGUCGAAGUAAUUUUUGAUUUUUACUCAUAUGUAUAGAAAUUCUCAGAAAUAUGACAUAACUAAACAUGUAUAAUGUCUGUUUGAUAUGCUGACAAAUGGAAAUAAAAUUAUGUUGAUUACAAUACUUUAACUGAAUGAUAAAGUAGCUUAAUUGUAUUAUACAUGUAUCAUGGUUCGGCAAAGAUUUCCAAAUAUUAAUGGUGUUAGAAGUGGUAAGCAUUUUGUAUUAACUCUUGUUACGGGUAUAAUUUUUGGAUUUAUCUCAGCGUACCUUUUAAUAACAUCUACAAAAAAUGUGCCAUAUAUAUUUAAUUGGUUUUCUGGUGGCCUUAUGCUUUCAAGAGAUCCACAUCAUUAUUCAGACUUGGAGUCAGAGAUUGGGCCAGAGAUAGAGGUAAAGUUUCAUGGUAAAGAUGAAGAUUUUCAUAAAGAUGAAGACAAAGUUGCGCAAGAACUUGCAAAGAAAGUACGUGUUCUUUGUUGGAUCAUGACUGGUCCAAAAAAUCAUCAAAGUAAAGCACAGCAUGUGAAAGCAACAUGGGGCAAACGUUGCAAUAUUCUUUUGUUUAUGAGCUCUGCUGAAGAUGCAAAUUUACCCACAAUUGUUUUACCAGUAAAAGAGGGGAGAGAUAACUUGUGGGCAAAAACCAAAGAAGCUUUCAAAUAUGCUUAUGAAAAGUACAAAGAUGAAGUUGAUUGGUUUAUGAAAGCUGAUGAUGAUACAUAUGUGGUGGUUGAAAAUUUACGAUAUAUGCUGUCAUCUUAUGAUCAAAAUUCGCCAUUAUAUUUUGGCUGUAGAUUUAAACCGUUUGUGAAACAAGGAUACAUGAGCGGUGGUGCAGGAUAUGUACUUAGCAAGGAAGGUUUACGUAAGUUCGUAGAGGAGGCUUUGCCUGAUCAAACAAAAUGUCGAUCAGAUAAUGGAGGUGCAGAAGAUGUGGAAAUGGGAAAGUGUUUGGAAAAAGUAAAUGUCAAAGCAAUGGACACUCGGGAUCCACAUGGUCGCGGAAGAUUCUUCCCUUUUGUACCAGAGCAUCAUUUAAUUCCUAACCACGUAGAUAAGAAUUUCUGGUACUGGAAGUAUAUUUAUUAUGAUACCAAAGAUGGCCUCAAUUGUUGUUCUGAUAGCGCAAUUUCGUUUCACUAUGUGUCGCCCAAUAUGAUGUAUGUUCUCGAGUACUUAAUUUAUCACUUAAGACCGUAUGGUAUUACACACGUUGUGGAAAAACUUACUACAGAUCAAUCAACCACCAUAUCGACUAAAUACUAGUCUACAUAUUAUUCUUAAUUAAAAUAUGAAAAGAAUAAUUCUGUUCUUUAUAAAUUUCCAAACGAAUAUUAUCAAACUAGAAAAAAGUAUUUUGGAUCUUAAUAAAUCAGGAAAAACAGA